AUGAGGGGCUCCGGACUUCGAUUGUUUUCAAAUCGUGGGGUCAAGCCUACUCCAGCAGCGAAUGUCGACGGCUCAACACCGGCAACGCCAUCGGCACCACCAUCGGCACCAUCAGCUCCAGCAGCAUCAUCGCCACCAUCACCGUCAUUCGAUCUCCGUCCAGCUCCGCUCGCAACUUCGACAACAGAGGAAAGUGCCGAUUUCCGGCCACCAGUCAGCACUCCCGGCGAGCCUACAAUACCAGCAGACACUCCGGUCCAGCCGAAGCGACCAAAGAAAGAUACCCCUCCCCUAACUCAAUCCUCCAAAUCCCCAACCGCCGCCCAACGAUCCACCGUCGCAGUCCUCGCCCCCGUCGUCUCCCUCGUCACCCGCUCCACCACCGCCAUCCAAUCCCAAGCCGCCGCCACCGCCUCCCACCUAACCCGCAUCCUCCUCCCCAACCUUUCCACCCACCUCAACACCCUCACCGGCUACAGCGUCGUUGCACGCGCCAAACAACGCGUCCUCGAAAAAGACGAUCAGCUCAACGACGCGAAGCGGCGUUCAGACACCGCAAAAAAGGGCUAUGAGACUAUGAUCGAGGAGCGUCGCAAAUGUCAGCGCGAACUCAACUCGUUGCUGCAGAGGAAGGAUACGUGGCUGGAUAGCGAUAUUACGCGGUUUACGGAGCUGUAUCGCAAGGAUCUGUCGUUGGAGCAGGCCGAGACGGGCGCGAAGGUUGAGUACAAGGAUGCGGUGGAGGAGUUUGAGAGGGCGCAUAGGGAGUAUCUCAACGAAAUCCGCGAACGCUACAUCGAAGAACAGCUCUACUCCGACAAGAUCCGCCGCGCCUCCACCUGGUGGACCUGGGGCCUCAUCUCCCUCCAUUUCUGUCUCUUCCUCGCCGUCCAGCUCUUUGUCGAGCCCCGGAAGCGGAGGAAGUUGAAGGAGGAUAUCGUUGGUGCGCUGGGGUUCUCUGAGGGUGUUGAGGGAGGGACGGUGGAGGGUAUGAAGGUGGGAGGAGAGGGGCAGCAUGCGAUGAGCAAAGUGCUGGAGGAGUUGCAGAGUAUUGGGCGGAGGGUGGAGGUGUUGCAAGGGAGUGUUGGUGGUGGUGGUGGUGGUGGUGCUGUAGCGUUGGCUGCAUCCCAGCACCCACCAAUAUCUACCACCCUCUCGACACAUCCGACGAUAGCGCCCGCGACAUCAUCACCGCUCUAUCCAAAGGACAAGCUCUUUGCGAAAGGCGUGCUGUGUGGAGCGGUAUUGGGUGUGGCUGUGUCGUCGGUGUUUGCGUAUGGGUUUUGA